AUGACGCUCCAUAGCAAGAGCGGUGACGAUGAAUCUGGCACUCAUACUGAGUUUUACGAUGAUAAUGGGAUUGCUCAUACCACACCGAGGCUGCUGAAAAAAGUUAACUACGCAGAGAUUGAGAAUGGUUACGAUUAUAUCGAGGAAUCUGAUACGAAUUCUGGAGGAACAGCCGCCGUUGGUGCUAACUAUUCAGAUACCGGUACUGGUAGGCGUCGUGGUAGGCGUCCCGGUCAGAGGAACAAGAGGGUUCGUGAUGAUGACGACGAUGAUGACGUUUCGUUCCACGAGGAAGAUGUAGACGAUGAUGACGAUGACGACGACGAUGUUGAUGACGGCGAUGAGUAUAUCGACCCAGCAGAUGAUCGCAAACGGAUAGCGAGAAGAAGAGAUAAAAAUUUCAUUGUCAAGGACGAUGAGGAUGGAUCUGAUGGGAAUGAAGAUUAUAGUAUCAAGGAAGAGGAUCUGGAUGAAGAUGAAGAUGAUGGAGAUGAGGAUGAAGAGGAUGACGAUGGUACUGUGAGACGUGGAAGAAGACCAAAACGGUCUGCAGCAAGAAGUACGCGUAGGGAACAGCCUCCUCGGAAGUUAAGGCCGCAUAGAACCAGAUCGUCUCGUGUUGUAGAUGACGAUGAAGACGACGAUGAUACGGUAGGUAGCGGUCGUCAUAGAUCGGCAAGUGCACGUACUAGAGAAGCGCUUACACUUGAGGACGAAAUUAGAGAAUUACAGGAGGACAGUCCUAUCAGAGAGAAAAGGUCUUUGAGAGAACGUACAAAACCAGUAAAUUACACGAUCCCACCACCUUUGUCUGAAAAUCAAAUUGGUGCUAUGGAAGCUACUUCGGUGCCAGGAAUACCUCCAGGAACACUUCCAUACCAAUCAUCCGUUUAUCAGUCCCCAAGAGGUAAACGUGGUUUACAUUCGGGUCAAAGUUUUGGACCUAUUAGAAGGUUAUUCCCUACCGGUGGUCCAUUUGGUGGAAACGAUGUUACGGCGAUAUUUGGUAAAAACGUUCAAUUCUACAACUCUAAUCCAAACGCUCUAAACGAACAGUCAAACAAAUUUUUGGAUUCUGAUUCAUCCGAUGACGAAAUCUUAGCUUUGGGUAUGAAACCGAAACCAAAGGAUCCAUCAAAACAAAAGAAGAAAAAGAAACCGGAAAUUGCAGAUUUGGACCCACUUGGUGUCGAUAUGAACAUUAAUUUUGAUGAUGUCGGUGGUCUAGAUAACUACAUUGACCAAUUAAAGGAGAUGGUGGCAUUGCCAUUGUUGUACCCAGAACUUUAUCAAAACUUCAAUAUUACUCCACCUCGUGGUGUCUUGUUCCAUGGCCCACCAGGUACAGGUAAGACUUUGAUGGCUAGAGCAUUGGCCGCAAGUUGCUCAAAUGAGAAGAGAAAGAUCACUUUCUUCAUGAGGAAGGGUGCUGACAUUCUUUCCAAAUGGGUUGGUGAAGCUGAAAGACAAUUAAGGUUAUUGUUUGAAGAAGCAAAGAAACAUCAACCGGCAAUCAUUUUCUUUGAUGAAAUUGAUGGGUUGGCUCCAGUUAGAUCUUCCAAACAGGAACAAAUCCAUGCCAGUAUCGUGUCGACAAUGUUGGCAUUGAUGGAUGGUAUGGAUAAUAGAGGUCAGAUUAUUAUAAUCGGUGCUACGAAUAGACCAGAUGCAGUGGAUCCUGCUUUAAGAAGACCAGGUAGAUUUGACCGUGAGUUCUAUUUCCCUCUACCAGACUUGAAGGCUAGAGAUAAAAUUUUGCAUAUUCACACCAAGAAAUGGAAUCCACCUAUUUCAGAUCAAUUUAUUUCAAAGCUAGCCUCCUUAACUAAAGGAUACGGUGGUGCUGACUUAAGAGCACUUUGUACAGAAGCAUCUUUGAUCAGUAUCCAAAGAAAGUUUCCACAAAUCUAUAAAAGUGAAGAAAAGCUAAAGAUUGAUCCUAAAUCAGUUAGAGUCAAGGCUAGAGACUUCAUGCUUGCACUAGAAAAGAUUGUACCAUCAUCUGCUAGAGCUACUGGCUCUACAGCGCAGCCUUUACCAAAAUAUGUUGAACCGCUCCUCGCUCAACAAUUUAUUAACGUCAAGGAUCAGCUCAACUUACUACUACCCAAGCAAAGCACAAAAUUGAAAUCGGGUUCCUCCAUUAUUCAAUAUUACUUAGAAAAUGAGGAUCUUGAGGAUUCUGAUGACGAAGAAGGUACUGGAUUCGAUAAGCAUGAAUUUUUAAAACUUAUCAAGAAAUCUCGUGUCUGCAAACCGAAACUUUUGAUCACAGGCCCGCCCGGUAACGGGUUACAAUAUAUCGCUUCCGCCACACUACACUUUUUGGAAGAUUACAAUAUUCAAAUGCUUGACAUUCCUACCUUGGUAUCGGAGAGUAGUAGAACGAUGGAAGCAGCACUUGUACAAACAUUCGCGGAGGCUAAGAAGCGUCAACCCUCUGUAAUUUGCAUACCAAACUUAGAAUUAUGGCUCCAAGCCUGUCCCCAAAGUUGUCUCAUCACUUUAACCACUCUUUUCAGAUCAUUGCAGAGUAAUGAAAACGUGGUUUUACUAGCUAUCGCUGACGGCUUAUCUCGCGCUGAAAUUGAGGACGGUCCACUUGCAAUGUUUUCCUUUGGGCCCAACAUAGUGAACAUUAACGAACCCUCCCCUCAUCAAAGGUUUAUGUAUUUCAAAACCGUAGCUGAUCUUAUUAAGAUGAAACCGACUCAAUACAUUGAAUCGAGGAAAAGGAAGAAGCCACUUCCAAAAUUACCUGUCGUCGAAACCUCACAGGAAAUAGAUGAGAAUGGCAGACUUUUAACAGAAGAGGAGAAAUUGAGACUGGAAUUGAAAAAGUUCCAACACCAAGACAUGAAAUUAAAGAACACCUUGAAAAUAAAGCUUUCUGGUUUAAUGGAUCUUUUCAAGAAUCGUUACAAGAGGUUCAGGAAACCUCCUAUUGAUGAUACGUUCUUGAUUCACUUAUUUGAGCCUGAAACCUUUGCUGCCAACCAAGGCUGGCAACCUGCUUAUGUAAAGGACGGCGAUAUGAUUCUCGAAGUUGCUACUGGUAGAAAAUUCUAUAACAUGGAUUUGGAUAUUAUCGAAGAGAGAUUAUGGAAUGGUUAUUACUCUGAGCCGAAACAAUUCCUAAAAGAUAUCGAGUUGAUUUAUCUUGAUGCUACCACAUCAGCGGACAGAGAAAGAGUAAUAAAGGCAUCUGAAAUGUUUGCUAAUGCACAAGUCGGCAUCGAAGAUAUCUCGCAACCAGAAUUUGUUGCAGAAUGCAAAGCCACACGCCAAAGAGAACUUCUAAGACAAGAAUUAUUUAUAAAGGAAAAAAGUGAACGAGUGGAUAAGGAACAACAAAUACUUUUGCAGAACAAUCCAACUCAAACUGAUUCGAUCGCUACAGUUGAACUAACUACCGCCUCAGGAAACCAAGUGCAGUCUCAGGCUCAAUUAGAUGCGGGUACACUAGAUCUAGGUGAAACGUCUCAAGUAGAGCCAUUCACAACACAGCCUGUGAACUUUGGAACCAAUGAUGCUGAUUUGGCAAAAACGGACACUGUUCAAGAUUAUUCGGAGAGCAGGCUUACCAAUGCGGAAAAUGGCUUUGCUCAGACUAGUCACAAUAAUUCGCAUUUAACUGUUGAUACUGAAGAUGCAACUAAUAAGGAGCAGGAAAAGCAACCACCGAGCGUCACUGAAGCUGAAGUAGAACCAGAAGCUCAAUCAGAACCAGAACCAGAGUCAGAACCAGAGUCAGAAUUAGAACCAGAACCAGAAUUCGUCUACGAUGAAUCUAGAGCUCUCUCUUUGAUCUCUGCUCUGGAAAAAAAUACACAAAACUUCACAGUAGAGAAACUAGAAGAAGUUUAUGCAUCCAUAGCCAACGUCAUCUGGAACAAUAGACUUUCAUGGGACAAAACGGAUGCUCUCGAUCAGUUAGAAGGGCUUAUCAAGACUUUAUAA